AUGGAUAUAAUAAGUAGAUGUGAUUCCAGCUUAAAGUAUCUCGUUAUUACUGCUUCACGAGAUUCAAAGGACAAAGUUCGCCAACUGAUUUCUAAUUGUAUAGCUUCUUUAAGGAAUAUCAAAAAUUUACAAUCUUGCAGUACUUUCCUUGAUGAAUUUCUUUCACAUGCUCAGAUACUUGCUAAAUGCAGGCCAAGCAAUGGCAAUCAUACUAAAAAUGUUAAUGACUUUUUAGAAUUCGGAAAAUUUUUGUUACAAAGUAUAGAUAUUUCCAAAGACCAGAGAGAAGUUCAAUCUGCUCGUGCUUUAUACCAUGCUUGCUUAUCUAUUACUCAAGAACAAACAGAUCAUUACUCAUUUAUUUUCUAUCCUCCUUACACACAUGAAAUUUUUGAAUAUCCAAGUGUUUAUACAUUCAACUAUGAGUACCGUGAUCGAAUCCUCAUCCCUCUUUUCAAACUUACUGACACUAAAACCAAUUUUAUCAUUUUUACUUCAGAUGACGAGAGUUUGAUACAUGAAAACGCAUUAUGGUUCUAUAACCAAUACACAGAACUAGAUAUUGUUACAGAUCUCAAUAGUUUACAAACAGCAUUUAACGAAGAUCGUCAAGUUCUCGCUUUCAUUUCAGUUUUCGACGCAACAACAUUCAUGAUACAAACAAUGGUAAGAAAACACCUAAAAUGA